AUGGGCCACCACCACCACCACCACAACAACAACAACCACAAAAGCCGCCUCGCACAGCAGAAACAGGUGCAAACAUCCAAUCAGCCCAUCUCGCCGACGCCAGUUUCAUCUCCUGCAGGUGCUCGCGACGCCGUUUCUCCCCUCUCGAUCUCUCUUCAGAGCUUCAUCGCUCAUCCACUUCCCUUCUCGCAUCAGCCUCUUCUCGUCGUCAGCGCCAAGGCACCGCGCGCGCAUACCGCAACCCUCCCUUCCAUCACGCACAGCAGCCGUUCAUCAGCGCCAUGCCAUUCAGCCGCGGAAUACUCCGUCUCCGUGUUCCAUUUUCCCUGUCCGGCCAGCCCCCAUCCUCCCUUCUAUCCCUCCAUCCAUCCAGUCAGCAUCGCCAAUUACAAAACAUGCGAGCACGCAGCCCUCACACGCGGAUUCCUGUGGCGUUCCGCGUCGAUUAAGGCCAAGGUUAAGGUUGCGAUUUGCGCUACGGCUCUUUUUUCUUGGCGACUUGGCCACCCUGAGCUCAACAGCCGAAGGAGGGGGAAGGGGGCGCAGGGGAGGAGCGGAUGGAGGACAGGGAAGAAGGCCCUGGGAGGCUGCGACGUCAACUCCAUGGCUCUCCCCGGCAGGUGGGAUAUCCGAGUAGCUGACGACGACUACGAUGACUGCCAGGACUACUAUCGCCGACGCUAUCGCUGCACAUUUCACGACCUCCAAAGUGUCGGUUAA